AUGUCGCAACCAACCAUGUCGAUGACCGACGCAUCGCCGACCACCACCACUGCCCCAGUCGCAGGCGCUCGCGGCUCUGCGCCUCGCCUCUCCACGGACACGGCCCACACUGCGCGACGCAAUCAUCGAAUCGCGCUCCCCUUCCACCGGCACCACAAGCACCACGACGCCUUCGGGCACCCGGACCCGAACAAGCGGCGCCACUUUGGCAAACCUUCAUUCUCGGGCUUCCAGCCGCACUUUAUGGCCGGGCUGGGCGAGUUUAUCGGGACCACCAUGUUCCUCUUCCUCGCCGAGGGCGGAGCGAAGACGGCACAGCUGACAAAAACGGCGGCGCAGGAUCAGACGGCGACGCAACUGAGUAACGAGCAGAUCAUGUUCAUUGCGCUGUCGUUCGGUAUGUCGCUGUUGGUGACGGCGUGGAUGUUUUAUAGGAUCACGGGCGGGUUGUUUAAUCCGGCCAUCACGGUGGCGCUGUGGCUGGUGGGCGUGCUGACGACGCGGCGCGCGGUGAUUCUUUUCGUUGCGCAGAUUCUGGGAGGCAUUGCGGGCGCAGCCCUCGUGUUGGGUCUGACGCCGAGCAACAGUGUCCAGCAGGUGACGACGACGCUGCAGCCGGGUAUCAGCAUUGCGCAGGGGUUCUUGAUCGAGAUGCUGCUCACGUCGAUCCUUGUCUUCUCGGUGCUCAUGCUCGCGGUCGAGAAGCACCGCGCCACGUAUCUUGCGCCCGUCGGCAUCGGCCUUACCCUCCUCGCCGCACACCUGCUCGGAGCCGUAUGGACCGGCUGCGGCCUCAACCCGGCGCGCUCCUUCGGCCCCGCAGUCGUUGCGGGGCAGUUCAACUCGGACCACUGGAUCUACUGGAUCGCCCCGCUCGUCGGCGGCAUCCUGAGCGUGUGCUACUUCACCUUCCUCAAGCUGCUCAAGUACAACAGCGUCGUGCUCGACCAGGACUCGGACACCGAGAUCACGGGCCUCAAGCCCGUGUACGUGCGCGUGUGGAACCUGUUCCGCCACGGCGAGAACCCGAGCGCGCUCAACCCAGAGAGCUCAACCCACUACGACAGACAGGCAAGGGUCAACUUUGACAGGGACCAGCGCGAGGAGUUCGAGGAGAGGGAGCAGAUCCGACGCGAGAUGAUGGACAAGCCCGUGUUCGAGGGGCAUGCGAACGAGGCGGCGAAUGGGAGAAUGAGCGAGAAGAGGGUCGAGGUGAUGUCGACUAGUUCGGGCAGCACUGCUGCUCACUCGAAUGGUGCUAUCCUGCCGAAGUGA